AUGACAUUAUGUUCUUCUGGCCUACAGGUCUUAGCUCCAGAGGGAGAAACGCUGUCACCAGGAGACACAGCAACGAUUCCAUUAAACUGGAAGUUAAGAUUGCCACCUGGACACUUUGGGCUUCUCCUACCUUUAAGUCAACAGGCUAAGAAGGGAGUUCCAGUGUUGGUGGGGGUGAUUGACCUGGACUAUCAAGAUGAAAUCAGUCUACUACUCCACAAUGGAGGGGAUAUGCAUAGGUUCAAGUUGACAAGGGGCGGACUUGUGAUGAUUAAUACUGAGUGUCAACUUGACUGGAGGAUGCAGAGUGUUGUUACUGGAUGUGACUGUGAGGAUGUUACCAGAAGAGAUUAACA